AUGGCUCAAAACGGCGCUGAAGAGCAUGAACAUGCAGUGACUUUAUUAUACCAUAGUGGUCACGUCAUAGCUGUUAUACCUCAGACUCUCGUAUACGGAAUAUAUGCUGUCUUGGUCCCCGUUUCUUCCUAUGUCAUGCUCCGUAGAGGACUUGCGACAAGGGCACGAAAGAUCCUGUUUAGAAUAUCGAUUUUCAUGUUCUUACUUUCGACAGUGUACUGGAUUGCCUCGGUUUCAACAUUGAUCCAACUGAUCCAAGUCUGGUUCCUUGCUUCCGAUCCUGAUGCCCACAGCGCACCAAAUUAUUUACCCAUCUUGAAUGCCUUGGCCUUAGUAAACUACAUCAUAACUGACGGAGUAGUUGUCUGGCGUGCAUGGGUUUUAUGUUCGGGCGAUGGUACGAAGGCCUUAACUAUGUGUCUGUUCAUGCUCGGCCUCGCUACAGUCUCCGUGACUGCAACAAUCGUUAUUCGCAUUGCCCUCAUGGUAAUUGAUACCCAAGUUGGGGAGCUGUUCAACCAGCUGAAUCACGGCAUCAACGUUACGCAGGUGGCAACUUUGGUGUUAUCUCUUCUCACAAACUCACUAGCCACGUUCUUGAUAUCUCUGAAAGCUUGGAGAAGUCGAACUGAGAUCCGAAAUAACUUGGAUUCCGUUGUUGACAGACAUUCAAGAGCCGGGAAAAUAUUCGCACUUCUCGUUGAGACGGGUGUUAUCUAUUCGCUGUCCUGUGUCCGGUACCUCCGUUUACAAAAGAAAAUUUAUACUAAUGUAGACUCCAUACAGCUUACCGUGCUCGUAUCUACAUUCGUGCAUCUGAAAGAAGGGACGCUUGGCGACUUGUAUACGCCGGCUAGCACUCAGUUUGCAGGGAUAUAUCCGGUCGUCGUCCUCCUCCUUAUCACGCAAAACAACACCCUGGACAGAACAGUCCAGGCAUUUGCGUCCGGUUUGGAGGAGACUGACUUUCAUCACGCUAGGCAGUUGGACACUAUGCGCUUUCAACGUGGAUCUGUGAUAUCCUCAGAAACCCAGACGAAUGACAACAGUUAUUGGUACAGCCGAAAACCCGGGAAUGAUCUGAGUGGGCUUCCACAGAUCCCGUCUCCAAGUCUUACAUGGGGAGCUGGUACAGAGAGUGUGUGA